CUUUGUAGCAGCCGUUGGUUUGUUAUCAGUUUGUUGUGUUGGUUUUAGCUCAAUUUGAUUUUUUUGUCGUUUGCACUUUCAUUCAUUUGACAUGGCUCCUGAUAGCCUGACGCGGUUUUUCUCGAAAUUAGUACUUGCGGUAAUAGUUUUGACCGGUUCUUCCUCACAGCAAGAUGCUGUUCCGGUUUUGUUAGAGUACGACGCCUGUGACAUCCCUAAUGAAGCGGAAAAGGGAAUUUGCGUCAAACCUCAGGAUUGUCAGGCCUUUCAAAAUAUUAUCAUAGAAGAAGAGCUUUGCUCGAUUGGGACGUUCAGCUUCGUUAAGGCAUUGCAGUGUGAAUCGACCGAUGAAACGAGAGUUUGUUGCCCGCAAAGCGGUGCCUAUAAGGAUCCUCAGCUGUCAUCGGACGUUCCACGGUUGGAGAGGAAUCCAAGGCCAAUCAUGCCACUCCUAUUUGAUUUGUGCUACUCAUGUGGGCAGGAGGUGGCGUUCAAGGAUAGGAUAGUAGGGGGAAAGAUUGCCGAUAUCGAUGAAUUCCCUUGGGCGACAUUACUGUUCUAUCGGAAUAACCGCCAGGGUUGCGGUGGAGUGCUGAUCAGUAGGACAUUUGUGAUGACGGCUGCACAUUGCCUGGCCGGGCCCAACUAUGACCAGCUUGGACCACUACAUUUCGUCCGCCUACGAGAGUACAAUACCGAGUCCGAUCCGGACUGUACCGUAUUAAAGACUGAAUUCGAAAACUAUAGGGAUUGCAACGAGGAGAAAAUUGACGCACGUCCCAAGUCUAUUAGAGUUCAUCCGAACUAUGAUCCAUACGACAUUCAACUGUACAACGAUAUCGGGUUGAUCGAACUCGAUCGAGCCGUUGAAUAUACGGACUUUCUGCAACCAGUUUGCCUACCAAGGACUGGACUACGCGUCGGCUUAGCGGAGCGGACAAUCUUCCAAGUUUGUGGAUGGGGUAGAACGAACUUUUUUAACAAGCUAAAGGGAACCGUAAGCCCCAUCAAGAUGAAAGCUAGCUUGCCGUUCGUCAAGGCGGAAGAUUGCAUGAAAGCCUAUGAAUCUCAGCAGCUGGAUUUGGGACCGGGACAGUUUUGUGCGGGUGGCAGAAAAGGUGUAGAUACCUGCGCCGGAGACAGUGGUUCACCGCUGAUGUUCUUCGAUCGAGUCAAAGAGACGUGGGUCCUCAGCGGAAUCGUGAGUAAAGGGCCCACUUCCUGUGGGACAACCAACAAGCCUGGCAUCUACACGAAUGUGAAAUACUAUCUUCCCUGGAUUUUACAGAAUGCUAUAUGAUUAACAGUUGAAACCAAUUUCGCUUUUUCUUUGUA